CGACAUCUCCGUGAUCUGCAGACAGACGCUUUAUUCGGCGAAGAAGCUCGAGGACGAGGAAUUCAUCUGAUCAUUCAAAAAACAGUCCAGUAUUAGUGUCCAGAAAGAAGCUUUCCAAAAAUGAAGAUUAAAUCAGCGCACCUGCGGACCAUCGAACACAAGUUUGUGUGCGUUCAAGGUAUAUGGAAGCCCAAACGUUCUCAUCAGCUGGUUACACAGAAUAAGCAGGAAUCCAACUCUGGAAACUCAGGAAAAGUCAGUGUGUAUCAUAUCACGUAUGAUGGAAACAGAAAGUGCAUGGCGUUUGGCUUUGAGGUGAAAAAUAAGUCUUCCCUGGUGUUCCCUGUUGUUACUCACGGUGAAAAGCUCGAAGUUGAGGUUUUACCCACAGACAAGCCGAUCACGGCAGGAAGCUUUGAUGAAAAGUUCUUGUUUCAGUGGUGUGGCCAAAUCAUUUCUGGUGACUGGAGGAGUCUGGAAUCAGUGGCUAAACCCAAAACGUACCUGUGUGUUGAAAAGGGCAAAGUGACCAUCACCAAAGAACGGGUUCCGUAUUUUAAAAUAAAAUACUCAGAUAAGAAAAAAGAUGAGGAGUCACGGAGUAGCGGAUCAGACAAAAUCCUAGAGAAUAAGACAAAUGAAUACAAAACGAUCUCCUUUCAAAGACGCAACUUGAAACGAGGAUCUUCAUGCUGCGAGGGAUCGGUGGCACCCAAUAAACCACUGCGCUGCAGGAAAACCAAGAGGAUAAAGAUGUCAGUGAAGAGCUGAAGCGUUUUCACCAACAAUUCAGUUCAAUUCAAGUUUAUUUGUAUAGCGCUUUUUACGAUACAAUCGUUGCAAAGCAGCUUUACAGGAAAUUAAGUUUCUACUAUACACAUAUAUAUAUACAUAUAUACAUACAUGCAUACACAUAUGCACACAUGCACACAUAUAUACACAUAGAUAUGUGAAGAAGAAACCCAAUAUAUUUAAGUUAUGACAGACUUAACUUGGUAAUUCUGUAUGUUGUCUGAGGGUUGGCAUCCUCCGUGGUCCUCUGAGGGGUUGCCAUCAUCUCUUCUCAGGUGUUUGGUCAUCCCGGAUCUUUUUAAGGGUUGGAUCCAGACUGACGCUUCAGUAAUUUCUAGAUUUUUGACUUGGCAGAAUCAGAGAAACAGAUAGAGACGUAAUUAGCGUAGCUGCUGUUCUAUUCAAGCAAAAAUGAUUUGUUCAACCCAAUCUAAAGAAUUAUAAUAUACAUUUGAUUAGAUAUAAAUGCAGUACAAGAUUAUUGUGUGAAUGCAUGGCUAAAGAGAUGUGUCUUUAAUCUAGAUUUAAACAGAGAGUGUGUCUGAACCCCGAACGUUAUCAGGAAGGCUAUUCCAGAGUUUGGGAGCCAAAUGUGAAAAAGCUCUGCCUCCUUUAGUGGACUUUGCUAUCCUAGGCACUACCAAAAGUCCAGAAUUUUGCGACCUUAGGGAGCGGGUUGGAUUGUAGCGUGGUAGAAGACUAGUUAGGUACGCAGGAGAUAAACCAUUUAGUGCCUUAUAGGCAAGUAAUAGUAUUUUGUAAUUGAUCCGGAACUUAAUAGGUAGCCAGUGCAGAGACUGUAAAAUUGGGGUAAUAUGAUCAUAUUUUCUUGACCUGGUAAGGACUCUAGCCGCUGCAUUUUGGACUAUCUGUAGCUUGUUUACUGAAGAUGCCGGACAACCACCUAACAGUGCAUUACAAUA